UGUUUUUUUUUAAUAUCAACAGCCUUCCUCAGAACACUUUUAUUGAGGAAAUAUGUCUGUAUGGCUAUGGCAGCCAUCAGGAUUCCUGGAGUGAAAGAGUACAGAAGAGAAGAUUGGGUUAAAUUAAUUCCUGCUAAAUACCUACCAGCAGACUUGCUGUCUAUAUGGGGAGCUGCAGACAGAAUUGUACCAGGGUAGAAAGGAUACUGUGUCUAUUUAUAACUCUGCCUUCAACACCAUAGGAAUUCAAAGGAAGACUCCAACUCAGCACACAGUCUUCUCAUCAUCUGCUUCUGUCAAGAUUAAAUCGGGGCUGAGAUCAUUCUCUUCCUCUGCAAAUCUCUGCAAGGAAGGAUCUCUUCCUUUCUGCCUGCAAAGGACUGCUGUGGUACAAAUCACAUCAAAGCUCAUGUGCUCAGGGAGCCCUCACCCAGCUGAAUGCUACCUCCUCCUUUGCAGUAGCCAGAGUAGGUCACAAGACCCCACAGCAGGUUAGCAGUGAGGAACAAAGGUAUUUUACCUGCUUCACAGCCCUGCACCCCACUCUGUCCUUGACCUUUCUUUGCACAGCCCCUCUGGGGCAAACGGGAGUAGCAGAGCUCCCAUGUGCUCCCAGUGCCUGCUGACAGGGAUGGGGAAAGGAACAGGGCCUUGGCAUAGGGUCAUCACACUCACUGAUCCUGUCACUGAGACAAGACCAUUACCCAUGGGGGCAUGAGCCUGUCCUGCCACUGCAGAGCCACCCAUCCUGGGAAGGAUUGAGCUCCAUUAGAUGUGUGGGGCACCUAUCCCUCAGGAGAGAUUAUCCCUGAUGAUAGGAGCACAAAUGAAAGCAGCCUUGAAAAAGGCAUUUGCAAAAACCUGACCACCUCUCUAAAAAUAAGGCAGGCUCCUGGAGUUUUUCAGCUCCACUCUUUUUUAGCAUCAUGGUGUCUCAGAUCUUUCCUUCUCAUCUUCCACCUUCCAGUUUUCUCUUUAAUAAGAACUGCUCUUUCAUUCUUCUCAAAGAGCUAUCUACUCCGUUCUCUCGCUGUUCCUCUUUUGUAAUUCUGUUAUCAAGCUGUCUGCUAGGUGGGGAGCAGAAGGUGCAGGACGUGGUGCUGCCUUUGAGGUACAGGUAAUUAUGAUGUGCAUCUGUUAUUGUGGUUGCUGCCUCAACAGGUGGAAAACAUGCUGUUCCCUGAUAGAUUGCAGCACUCUGUGCUCCUACCUCGUCUUUUCUCUAAAGCCAGUCAUGUGGUGUUCCUAAAAUAAUAAACACAGACUUACUGCUGCCACAAAAACCCCUGGUAAAUAUAUUUUUAUGGGAAUGAAAUAUUAAAGGAUUUGAACAGUUAUUCACUGAAAGCAAAAUAUGAGCAGUAAGGUUGGGUAAAGAUUCAAAGACUGGUUUGCUUCCUCUCCCUGGGGCACAUCAAGGCUCUACUGCUUACAGUUUAGAGAUGGAUAGUGGGGAAUUACUUAACCCAGAAUGAUGGAAACAAUUCAGACUAUAAUAAUAUAGCACGAGAGUUUCUCACAUUACAUCUAUUCCCCAUACUGCUGGCUAUAUUCUGGCUUCAGAUUCACGUGCACAACUCUCAUCGGAUUCUGGAGGAACUGUAUUUGAAGCCAAAAUGCAUUUCAUUGUCUUUCUUAAAUCUCUCUAUGGUAUAGUUGCUAAAUCCUGAGCUCAAGGACUGGGGACAAAGCUUGUCUAAAUGUUUCCCAGUGUCAUUCUCUGAAAGAUUCCCAUCUGCUCUGCUUCAUUUUGAAUUUCAUCUUCCUACUUUCCUAAAAACGCAAAGCAGAAACACACAUUUCCUCUGCUCUGGUGAGCAGGAAUCACCAAAUUUCCCAGCAGGUUCUCUCACAACAUACAAUGGAUCCAAGUGUGUCUAAAAAAGCUACAAACCCUUUGUGUAGCAGUAAGGGAGGAGAUCAGAAAUGUGGGCCAAGUUUCAGAGUGUUAUGAACACCUCCCAGCCCCCAAAGGGGCUCCAUAUCCUGUUUCCUCUCUCCCAAAAAUUUCACCUGGCUUUGGGUUUCAUUAAGAGAAAUAUACAUUUCUCAAGCCCAGGCUCGAAGUCUUUGGUUCAUACUUCCUGCUGACACUGCAGAGACUGCAAGAGCCACAAAAGCUGAGUCUGACCUGGGGGCUUCAAAUUUACUACAAUAGCAGAGCAAAUUAAAUAGAGAGCACAUUAAGUGGGUUGGGAGAUUGCUGUUGACCAACAAAUCUUCAUUAAGUUCCUGCACCAAGCUGUGCUACGAUUCUGAUGAAACUGAUUAUUGCAUCUCCAUCAUUUCAACUAUUUCUCCACCAGGUUUAAAACAAAUUCAAACUUAUUUUAGGUUUAAUUAGAGAUAAAAUGUAAUAUUAAGCCACCUUGCCCCAUGCACUCUUCCAGUUUAGAGAUGUUGGUACGUCAUUCAAGCAGGCCAAAUUCCUCUUUUUUCACCAUCAGAUAUUUACUGCCUUGGUUUUUGCUAGGCCUUUUAUUUAACAUCAGUGCUUCAUGGUGACUCUGUCCACUGUGAUAUGGUGACUUUCUGAGUUACUGGCUUGCAUUACCAAAGGCAAGGUCUGAGAUAGCUCCUGGCACUGCUCUCCAAACCUUUCAGCUGAGCUCCCUUUGAGAUGCACCGGCACAAACCCCAAAGAGAACACUUGACUCACAUCUCCCACAGCAAAACCCGUACCUGGAUAACAGCAGCUUUGACAGGAUAAAAGCAAAGUCCUUUUCUGGCCUUCAGAGCUAAAGGGAAGCUAUCACGGCAGGGGCAUCAGAUACCUUUCCGGCAGGCCACUACCAAAAAGACAGCUCCAUGGUUAAAACUCAGGCACCAAGCUAUUCUGCUAUAUGGAUUCUAAAAACAUGCUGCCCAAUUUAGGCUAAGCACAGAGAGGUUUGAUGGAAAAGUGCAGCAGAAAGCAAGGGAAAUUAAACAGCGGUGCUGAGAGUUAUAUAGUCUCAGCAUAUGGAAUAUUCAUCACAGGCUAUCCUUGCCCUAAGGUAAGAUGAGAAACAAUUACUCAAUAUUUGUCUUCUAAAGGUAAGGGAAGAAACAGAAAGGCACAUGCAGACACACCAGAAAUGUUAGCCUUCGGUAUCACUCAUUGCCAGCUGACAUUUGUGGUGACCAUUCAUGUUGGCCACAGAAAUUGCUCGUACCCCAUACUUCUGUUGUCCACAGAAUCAGAAAACACUUGACAAAUGCAGAUGGGACUCAACCUAUCUGUAACAAAGAGAAAGCCUCAAACAUUUAGGUCUGUGCAGCAGUGCUGCAGCACAUAGGCUGUUACUAGUUGCCAGCACCUGGGCACUUGCAAGACAAUAUCUCCUUCCCAAAGGUGCCUGCUGUGUCCCAAGCAAGGCUGAAGAGUGCAGCCACAGCAGCUGCCUUCUGAUGGGAUCCAAAUUAUUUUUUGCUAAUGGUUAAAUGGUUUUCAGCUCUAGAGGAAAGUCAGAUCUUUUUGCAGCAGGUGAUCUAUGACAUUUAGGGGUCACAUUUUUUAACUGUUAUUUACUUUAGAAAUAUGGUAUGAGUUAACCUAAAGGAGAAAUUAUUAGAAAUACCUGUGAUCCCAAGAGCUAACACAACUGCUGGGAAAUUGUAGACCUCAAAUCAUCUGUGCUACAGGAUAUGAUUAGAUCCUAUUAUUUUUUCUUUCUGUAAAGGUAGUGAGGUUUUACAAUGAGAAGAAAGCAAUCUGCAUAGCUGACUUGGGAUUUCACCUCCUCUCGUUGCAUCUCUUACACUGCAUGCACAUCACCCCACAAGCCUCAGCUCUGUUCAUUCUCAGACUGACCUCUGUGCUAACUUGAUUUAUUGUUUCAAGUUCUCCGAUAGUAUAUUACGUUAUACCCCAAAGGGUCUGAUUAGAACUGGCCAGUAUUUUAAUGAUUUACAAGGGGCAUCUGGGACCGUGUGGAUAGCAUACGUGUUGUGUCACUGCUAUCGGAGGAGCCUUUAUUGAUCCAUACCAGUGUGCUCCAAGACAAGACUGUGUCAAAUUCCAAUAAGCUUUAGUUCACAAACCUGAUUUGACAGGUGGCCAAGCUUGCACUGGGACUGACUGUAGUUCUCAUGGUGGGAAUAAAACAAAACAGCUGGACUGCUUCUAGCUGUUGCAUUAUGAGAGGAUUUCCAUUCCUUUCUCUUCUAUUUCUAUCUUACAGCGCUUAAGGAGGUGUUUAUCCUUCCUAGUUCUCCAGCCAAAAAACCUGGGCAACAGGAGCUUGCUAUCAGCUCUGUGGUGUGUCCUUCUGCCAGAAGACACUGGUGAGAAAUACAGGCUUCUGGAACUGGCCUUCUGAGCCUCUCUGAGUCCUGCCAUGGCUAUCAUGCUGCUAGAAAGCUUCAAAUCAGAGAGACUGGGGAUGGCCUGGGACUCACUGUGUGGCAGGGAUCUGCUGCGUCCCACAAUAAGAAGAGCCUCAAGCAUCGCACAGGGAGGGCAGAGGGGGGACACCCCAUCCCUGGAGGAGCUGCAGCGCCUGCUGUGGACACGUGCGCGCCCUAUGGGGCAUGUGGAUGAAGUCUGGCCAAACCUUUAUGUGGGAGACCUGUAUGUUGCUCGUGACAAAGCACAGCUGAGCAAAAUGGGCAUUUCCCAUGUUGUGAAUGCUGCUGCUGGGCGCUUCCACCUCAACACUGGGCCCAAGUUCUACAGAGACCUUCCUGUGGAUUACUAUGGAGUAGAAGCAGAGGACAACCCCAACUUUGAUCUCAGCAUUUACUUCUACCCAGUUGCUCGAUACAUAAGAGCUGCACUGAAUACCCCAAGAGGCAAAGUACUGGUCCACUGUGCGAUGGGAAUCAGUCGAUCUGCUACUCUUGUCCUCGCCUUCCUAAUGAUCUGCGAGGACAUGUCUCUUGCCGACGCGAUUCAGGCUGUGCGCUCCCACAGAGGGAUCUGCCCCAACUCCGGCUUCCUGGAGCAGCUGCGAGAGCUGGACCUGAGGCUGAGGAAGGAGAAGUGCGCAGGAGCUGGGAUCUGCUAGCACGGGGCUGGCCAGCAGCAGCACAACCAGCCGCCAGGCUCAAACUGAGGCCAGCGCGUGGACACUGCAGGCACACUGUGGCAGCUGCACUGAGAAACUCUGCUGGGGAGAGCCGAUUGGAGCUUGCAAUGUAUUUUUUGGAUAAGCCCACUAAUUGAAAGAAACUGAAAUAAAGAAGGAUUCAGACCGGCAAUUUCACCCACCUGGACCUGCUUUUUUAACAACCUACUGCGCAGGGUACAGGCAGCAGUUGGGUUUUCAAGCCGAAUUAAAAGGCAGCACAGCCAACUUGAGGAGAGACUUUUUACUUGCUUGUAAUUGCAUUUAUACGGCAGGAGAAAAAAUGGUUAAACUGGUUAAAAAAAAAAAAAAAAAGAAAAGAAAGAAAAGAAACCAUGAGGUUUUCAAGCAGUCUUUAACCUUUCACAUGCAGCUGGCACGGGGCAGGACUUAGGGUUUGGUGAGCUGACAUGGUGACAUGGGCUAGGCCAGGGGCUCUCCCAAAAACAAAGGGCUUGGGCUGGGACCAUCACAGCUCCUCCCAGCUUCAAAGUUAUGGGGUGAGGGAUCCCCACACUCCUCAGGAGCCAGCAGGAAGGUGCCAACUGAAUACUACACAGCAAGGCACUGCUAUCGGCCACAGGACUGCACAGCUGCGAAGGGACAAGGCAGGGGGCACACAUGGGCACUCUGCCAGGUGGGAACGUCCCACUCCUGGUCAUCCCACAGCUCACAAUGCAUUGCCACGAUUCCCUGCUGCAAUAGAAAGCCAGAACCUAGUGUCAUCGUGUCAGAGCAAAAAUGAGCAAUGUCUCUAACAAACCCGAAGUAACAGCUCCGCAUUUCGAUUACUCUUUUACGCCCAAUUGGUCACAUUUAAUCUUGUGAAGAACUCGAAGCAGAUAUUUGCUUCAGUGCAAUUACAGCCACAUACAGAACAUUGGCAAAUGCAAACAAUAUAGAAUUUCCACUUGACGGCAGAUUAAUUUGGUGUGAUGUUUUCCCUUGAGAGGUCUUAAAGGCUUGCAGUUCUGGAAGUAACAUGCAGUUCAUAUUUAUAGCACUAGGAAUGGUGAAUGGAGAGAGACACAUAUACUCAUUUUGAACUGAAG